CGUACCUUUUUGAACAAACGACGUCGUAUUUACUUGUCGUCUGAAGGAACAAGAGCCCUAACCAAUUCAAUUCACUCUCGACUUGUUCCCAUUCACAACUCUAGAAAGAUGAAGAGGGCAAUGCCAUGGAGUGAUGAUGAAGAAGAUGAUACAUCCUCUGAUGAUUCUUCAGCACUUGAUACUGAUACUGAAGACAAUCUUGGUUCCUCCAAAAAUAAAUCUACCCAAGCUGAGUCUGCAAAGCGGAAGAGCAAAGGUGUGGACUUUGAAGCUCUAAGCCGCCAUGGGUAUAAAGGUGGAUUAUCUGUCUUGAAAGUUCCACCACCCAAGGAGCCAGAACAGGAACAGAAUUGGUCUUGGUCAAGUGGGAAGGAAACUCGGGAAAAAGAGAAGGACGAAACUUAUGAGGAGCGUCAGAAGACGAGAGCUGCACUUGUGGAAGCAGAGCAACUGGUUCAUGCACGAACUCAGAAAGAGAGGAAGAACUUUUCUUUCUCACAGAAGGAAAAGAAGAAGAGAGAUCUUGGUCAAGCUAGCAGAGGGAAGAGUUACGUUGAAGAGGAAAAGAGGCUGCUAAGGGAUAAUGGCAUUUACUCUGGAUUUGAUGCCUGAUUCACGACCUUUCUUCUUUAGCAUUUUAUCAUGUAAAGGGUUGUAAAAGUUGGUUGUGACUAUUGUGCACACGCUAUAUCCAGAAUACUAGAUACUGUAGUCACAUGAAAAUGAAUGUAUUAUACUUCUAUUGUAUUGCUAGACAUUGUCAUUUCAUCAGUGUCACGGAUAAAUAUAAUCAAAGUUGAUGUUCGAUUAUCCA